AUGACGGUGUUCAAAGAGGAGAUGGGUGAGAGGAUUAAAGCAUUGGAGAAAGAAAGAAAAGAGCCAAAAGACGCUGAUGUACGGAAUAAUGCCACUUCACACACCAUUAACGAUGAUGAGAGAACAAGUAAAACACCUUCAUGGAUUGUUGAUAUGAAGCACACAUCACAAGAUGAAUUUCCAGUUCAAAGGGUGGUGAGGAAGGAAUCUGUGAAGGUUGAGAAGAAGGAAACUUCCAAGAAAAAGAAGAUUACUGGUCUUGCUUCUGAUGAUGUUGAGAAUAUUACUACCCAAGUUCAGAAAGCUAAAUUGAAAAUAGCUUCCAGUUCUGAAGAUACAUGGUCCAACAAGGAGGAUCAGUUGACGCGUGAAUAUCCUGAGGAGUCAGCUAUGAACAAGAAGUGGUGGAUUGAUGUGGAUAACUUAUACGCUUGUCUUUUUGUCAAUGGGAACCAUUGGGUGGCUUUGGAUAUUGACUUGCGGGGUAAGAAGAUUCACAUCUAUGAUAGCAUACCAACCUUGGUGAAUGACGAACAAAUGGCCAUUGCAUGUUUGCCUUUANCUGCAUGUUUGCCUUUAAGACGAAUGAUUCCAGCGAUAUUAAGUGACAUGAUUCCUGAGACAAACCGUAAGAAGAGCAGAGCAAUGUUGGAAUUGAGAAGGGUGAAGAAAAAUGUUCCUCGGAAUGAAAAUCCAGGUGAUUGUGGUGUGUAUGCUCUUAAGUACAUUGAAUGUUUAGCUCUUCGGAAAACAUUUGAUGGGUUUUGCGAUGAGAACAUGUUGGCUCUUCGGAUUAAGCUUGCAGCGGAAUUAUACGACGAAGUCAGAUAA